AUGGUGUCUGGCGAUGGCGGAGGCAGCACGACCUCGCCGAAACCCGGUGAGGCGGCAGCCGGGCAAGCGCCGCCGUCCGUGCGCAGGCGCAUGCCGCUGAGACGGGCCGUGGGCGGCGUCGUGGGCGGCUGCCCGCAACGGGGUGGACGCGGGCUGCCCCCCCACUCGACCCCCCACCCUCUGUCGGCGGGCGGUGCGGCGGGCAGGGCGAUGCGCUACUACCGCCUCUGGAUAUACACGUGCAACACGGCGCUGCUGGCGGGCGCGCUGGCGUUCGCCGCCGCCGCCGCCAAGAGUCUGCUCUUCGAUUUCAGAAGGUCGCUCAUCCCCUCGCUCACCCUCUACCAGCCCUCCUUCCUCUACGCCUACCUGGCCCUCCUCACGCAGGGCGGGGCGCUGCAGCUGCUCGGCUGCCUCGCCGCGCUCCGCCUAUCAGAGAAGCUGCUCAACGCCUAUUGGCUGCUGCUGCUCGUGCUGCUGUUCGGCGAUGUGGCCUUGGGCGCUUUUUGGGCGUUCCGGUUCGAAAGGGUGUGCCACGAGCUGAGGCCGGCUCUGCGCGUGAGAUUCUAUCAGGAGUACGGGGUACAGGAGGGGUUCACGGGGAUGUGGAAUAGACUGCAAGAGGAGACCUCCUGCUGCGGCGUGACAGGUCCCGAGGACUACAACAGCAGCGUGCUCCAGCUGCCCAUCCCGCCCAGCUGCUGCCUCAAACCGCCCCAGACGGCGGGAAACGGGACGUGCCUAGGGGGCGGGCUGCCCCAUGGGGCAGGGUGUGAUGAAAGGUUGUUGGCUUACUUGCGAGCCACCGCCUCCUUGCUAGCGAUAUUGGGGUAUUGUGUGCUGGCCUUCCUCAAAAUGUGCUUCCUUGGUAUUUUGCGGUACGAAAUCCGGGAGAUGAUCCAAAAAAUCCGCAUCCUGCGUUCGGAACUGGAACUGCCGAACGUCAACGGAGCAGUACCGGGUACGAUGCGAGCGGAAAGCGCGGAAAGCGAAAGGGAAUCGCUGCUGGUACGACCGGAAAGUGCUGCCCUACUCUCCUCGCCCCCCACACAAACGAAAAACCCCAACGGUAACAACAACUACGAAAUGAGGGAAUACAGGACGAGGGACAAUAUAUGACUAAAGAUUCGGCUAGAAGGCCUGUUCAGUCGCGGCAGAUGGGGCCGCGUCAAGAAAGGCCCUAUAGCGACUCCACUGGAAGACAUCUUCAAGAGAAAGCCUCGGACAAGGGUCAAAGACGACCCUUGCUGAGAAUCCGAAAAUUCGCCAACUAUAGAGACCGGGGUGUGAAAGUGGUUACGAGAAGAAGUGCACACAAACUUAUUCGGUUCAUUUUUUUAUCGCCCUGUAUAAAAAAAACGAAUGAGAACGCUGAUUCAUGUUGAGAUAUACCAUGACCAUCACCACGAUGAUAAAAGCACGCAUUUAUUUCGAUUUUUUUCUCAAUGAACACUUUAUAGAGUCAUCAGACCAUUCAG